AUGAAAUGCUUAGAAAUGUAUCUUUUUCAGGCCUCCUAUUUUGAUCGGGAUGAUGUAGCUCUCGCUAAUUUUGCCAAGUUUUUCCGGGAACGUUCAGAAGAGGAGAGGGAGCAUGCCGAGAAGCUAAUCAAGUACCAGAACCAGAGAGGAGGACGGGUGUUCCUCCAGAGCGUAGAGAAACCAGAGCGUGACGACUGGACGAAUGGUUUAGAGGCACUACAAACUGGUCUAAAGCUGGAGAAAACCGUAAACCAGGCUCUGCUGGACCUCCACGGUGUGGCUGCUGACAAGAAUGAUCCUCACAUGACAGACUUCCUGGAGUCUCCUUAUUUGUCAGAGAGCGUGGAGACGAUGAAGAAACUUGGAGAUCACAUCACCAGUUUGAAGAAGCUUUGGUCUAGCCACCCUGGAAUGGCUGAAUACCUAUUCAAUAAACACACGCUGGGCUGA